AUGAAUGACGACGACGACACCCACGAUGAUGGCCAAGCAUUUUUGGAACAGUCCUAUUUCAGUUACAUCAUCCCCUCGGCUUCCAAUUUUAAGGCAGACACAAAUUCACCACCAAGCUUGCUAGAAGGCAUCAGUCAACGAGAUGUGCUGUUUUUCGAUGAGACGGCUGAUGUCUAUCUUGUACUCCGUACCCCUCACCAAUAUGAGGACACACUACGAUCCUCGCUAUCCCGUAUAGUCGUUACAUUAGAGGCUCAGAUCGUGAACGGCCAUGGAUCCGACCGUGAAGGUCCUCCGGCAGCAGAAAUUAUCUACACUGGACUCGUUCCAGAUCCAGCCGAUGCCAUCAUCUUGAGUACUGGGGAGGAGGAGAAUGAAAAGGAGAAGGCCGAAGAGGAAGGGGACAGCAAAGCCGAUUAUGGAAAGGAUUUAUAUGUUUACGCCAUCUGGAGGAUGCCCGUCUUCGUAUCACGACCAAGGAUCAGACUACAAGCACCCUCUAUUGUCUUUGCAGCAACUGCCGGCUUGAAGCUCCUUGAUCCCAGGAAAUCUCGAGACAUGGCCGACGAGGGCUACAUGCAAAGUUGCGCACCAGCAGGCCUCAACCUUCUCGAGUCCUUCUCCGAUGACCCAAUGUUAGGCGGGAUUCAGCCCCGUCUUUCCGCUCUCCGGGUAUCCAGAGUCGCUCCCGUCACACAAACAAAACAACCACUACGUCUGUUCAGGGGCAUGCAAAGCCUCAGACUUCGAGUCUAUCCCGUCGUCCACACGCGGGUACGCUUCGCGCGGCCCAACACAAGCCCACCAAGUCCAGCGUUAAUCGCCCUCCUUGAGGUGGAUUUCACCCCCUUCUUCGACUGCGAAGCCGCCUUGCGAAAGAUCGACCUAGCCGUAACCGACGGCACAGUUGACGAUCUCAACAACCAAGAUCUUAUGGCCCUCCCCCUGCACUGCGUCGCCCACGACCAUCUCACCUUCCUUUACCGACUCGCACCGCGUCAGCUCGAGAUCAUCAGCAAGCACCCUUCUCGAGAGCUCAUCAUCACAGUCGAGGUGGCGGUCCUCGUCCAGCCCAAAGGCGCCGACCCCUGCACCCCGAAACUGACCAUGUCCUGGACCACGCCACUGGACUUUACACUGCCCGUCAACCCGGGCUUCGGCACGCCCAUGACGAAGCCGAUCGAACGCAGACACAAGCCUAGCCAGCUCUCUAUUUCGGGCGGCGUCGACUCGAUGCCGCUCGUCUCGCCCUCCGUCACCCGCCCGGACGCGCUCCCCUCGCUCGAGGCCUCCAUCACCACGCAGCGCAUCUUCGAGACGCCCGUCCCGGACUUUGGCAUCACCGUGACCUUUGUUGGGCCCGACCGGCCCGUGUACGCCGGUGAGGAAUUUGCCUGGACGGUGUUCGUCGUCAACCGCACUAAACCCGAAGGCGCCACUGGCACCUCUUCGACUUCCACCUCCACCUCCGCCAACACCACCACUACCACCACCAACGGCAUCAUCACCACCCGCAGCAACAGCAUCAGCAUCACCAACGCCAUCAGUGGUAUCAGCGGCAUCGGCGGCGAUGGCAUCCCCACCAUCCUCACCACCCCGUCCACCACCACCACCACCAACACCACCUCCACCACCUCUGGCUCUCCCGCCUCCCAGCGUAAACUAGCCCUCUACGCCCUCCCUAAACGUCGCCGGAACGAAGUCCGUACGCACCGCGCCUUAUCCACCGCGGCGCCCUCUAACAAGCGCGACCCGCUUAUCGCGGACGCCGUGCUGGACGAUAACGUGGUGCACGCGAUGCAGCGCAGCAGCGUGGUGGACAGCACCGAGGUGGUUUGUUUGUCUGCGGACGCGCGCGUGGGGCCCCUUGCUCCCAAUGCGUGCGCUGUGGUGGAGCUGAGGUUUUUGGCGCUUAAAGAGGGGGUGUUGGGGAUUGAGGCGGUGAGGAUUGUGGAUUUGGGGAGUCAGGAGCAUGUGGAUGUUAGGGAGUUGCCUGCUAUUGUUGUCAGGGCAGGGAGGAAGGAUGGGGAGAAGAAGGAGGAGGGGGGUGAUGACAAGGGUGGUGAGAGGGAGGUGUUUGAGGAAGUGUCUGUGGAGUGAUAUGAUGGUUUUUAUGGGCGCUAAGUGAUCAUAAUAGUGAGCUGGUUUGUUGGUAUGACGGAUGGAAGCUAGUUGAGAUUGGUAGACCGGGUGGUCAAAGUAGAUAUCAAUGCUAUUGCGAUUGUUU